AUGUUCCGCCCCCGAAACGUGGCCGCUCUCGGCGCAGGCGUCCUCACUGCCGCCGUCGUCUUUGCCUGGCCGUCGUCGUCGCAGUCGACGGGCUCGCCGACGAGACGCGACAGCGUGGCGGCACUGGUACCCGAGGCCAAGCGGCGUGCGGCGUACGAUGCCGAGGCCGACGGCUACGACGGCUUUGUGGCCUUUGAGGAGUUCUUUAUGGGCCUUGGCCUCCUCCGCCGCCUGCUCGUCCGCCAAGCCCACGGCGCCGUCCUCGAGGUUGCCGCCGGCACCGGCCGCAACCUGCCGUAUCUGCGCGCCUCGGCCGUUGACACGGUCCUCCUCAUCGACUGCUCCGAGCCGAUGCUCAACGUUGCCCGCGCCAAGGCCGCAGACUUCGCGUCCCUCGCCCCGCUCUACUGGUCCGUCUCCAUCGAGGAUCUUGCCGGGGCGCUGGCGUCGGCGCCGGCCGCUCCGCCAGAGCCCACGUCGACCGGCGUCCUCCGCCCUCUCGUCGAGCUCUCGCCCGAGCUAACGCUCCCGGCCAAGUUUGACACCAUUGUCGACUCGUUCGGCCUCUGCUCGUACGAGGACCCCGUGGCGGCGCUCCGCAUCAUGCGCAGUCUGCUUGCCGAGACCGACGACGCGCAACUGCUCCUCCUCGAGCAUGGCCGCGGGCACUACAACUGGCUCAACGAGUUCCUCGACUCACGGGCCCUCGAUCAUGCAUCCAAGUGGGGCUGCUGGUGGAACCGCGACAUCGGCGCCCUGCUUGAUGCUGCCGACCUCGAGAUUGUCUCGCUUCGUCGCUUCCACUUUGGUACGACGUGGAUGGUGGUGGCAAAGCCGAAGCGUGCCCGCAGUAGCAGCUAG